AUGUCAACACCAAACGGCGCCCUCAAUUCUCCAAACAACGACUGUUGUGACAGCAGAAGUAGUGACAAGCCUGCUAUUGAUUCGCUUAACUCGGAGAAAGUGGCCAUUCUCAGCUGUAGUGGUUCCCAGCACUCUCCCAAACUCAUUGACCGAAAAGUGCGUGAGUUAGAGGUCGAGACGCAAAUUUUGCCGUUGAACACUUCAGCUAAAGAGCUGCUCAAAGAACAAUACAAGGCAAUCAUUAUUGCUGGCGGCCCAGGUUCAGUGUUCGCCGAAGAUUCCCUGCCGUACGACAAGGAUAUUUUUACAAUUGGUAUUCCCGUUUUGGGCAUUGGCUACGGAUUCCAAAUGAUAAACAAUCACUUUGGCGGUUCGGUGGGGGAAUGCAAGGAAGAACACAAAGAUUCUGCCCAGUUGACCAUUACUGUAGACAGUCAGAAUCCUCUCUUCAGUAAUUUGGAUUCACAGCAGAAAGUUCUACAGGCUACUGGCGUUACCGUCUCAAAGGUAGCCGACGGCUUUGAAGUUGUAGGAAAAUCAGAAAACGUCAUUUUCGCUAUUGCAAAUGUGGAGAAGAAGCUGUACGGUGUACAGUUCUACCCAGAGAAUGACCUCUCCACAAACGGCAAAGAGAUGCUGAAGAACUUCCUAUUCAACGUGGCCUCUCUCUCGGGCAACU